UCAGAUAGUAAAGAAUUACAAUUUAGAAAUGCAGCACCAUUGGCUGUGCACCCCUGUGACAUCACUGCUGUACCCGUUCAGUCCUUUCAGUGAGCGCGUGUGGGCGCUGGGCUGGGGAACACAGCGCCGAUGGAAGCGCUCCAUGUAGGACCUGAAGUUCUGGAUGAACGCGCUUAAUUUUUCCACACCAUGGGAGACGGUUUACCGUCUGUAAACUACAGCAAUGACUCUAAGCGCGCCACGGUGGAUCUUAACUUAUCAGAAGAGUGGCUCGUGGGCAUGGGAAUCAUCAUGGGUCUGAUAGUGUUCAUUAUUGUAGUCGGAAAUAUACUGGUUAUAGUUGCCAUAGCGCGGAAUCAGAGGCUCCAGACGCUCACCAAUGUUUUCAUCGUGUCUCUGGCGUGCGCAGACCUCAUCAUGGGGUUACUGGUAGUGCCAUUCGGUGCAGCCUUGGAGGUUAGAGGAACCUGGAUGUAUGGAUCGUUCUUCUGUGAAUUCUGGAUAUCUGUUGAUGUACUUUGCGUCACGGCGAGCAUCGAGACCCUGUGCGUAAUUGCAAUAGACAGGUAUGUCGCCAUCAUCUCUCCGUUUCGCUAUCAAAGUCUUUUAACAAAAGCACGAGCCAAGGUGGUGGUUUGUGGAGUGUGGGCUAUAUCAGCUCUGGUGUCAUUUCCACCCAUCCUCAUGCACUGGUCCCGGGACAGAGAGGAGACAUCGUGCUAUGACAAUCCCGAGUGCUGUGACUUCAUCACCAACCGCGCAUAUGCCAUCUCCUCCUCUAUUAUAUCGUUUUACAUCCCUCUACUAGUCAUGAUAUUCGUAUAUGCCAGGGUGUAUAGAGAAGCCAAACAACAGCUGAACAAAAUCAACAAAUGUGAGGGAAGGUUCUAUAACAAUCAUGGUACUAAUUGCAAACCUAACCGGAAACGAACCACUAAGAUCCUGGCUUUAAAAGAGCACAAGGCACUGAAAACGUUGGGAAUAAUCAUGGGAACGUUCACUCUCUGCUGGCUGCCGUUCUUCAUCGUUAACGUGGUGCGGGUGUUUUGCGCUCAAAUGGUGGAUAAGGAGCUCUUCGUGUUUUUGAACUGGCUGGGGUACGUGAACUCCGCCUUCAACCCCAUCAUAUACUGCCGGAGUCCGGACUUCAGGAAAGCUUUUAAGAGGCUGUUGUGUUGUCCGAGGCAGGCGGACCUCAGGCUGCACGUGAGCUCGUGCGAUCUCUCGCGCUGCACCGGGGGCUUUGGGAACUCAUUGGAGCAGAGCAUGCUCGGGACGUGGUCGGACUGCAGUCUGGAGAGGAACGGCAGGAUAUCCCAUUCAGAAUCUCAGCUGUAAAAGUACAACCGUGACUAUUUAAUCAAUAUUACACAGGCAGGAGUGCAGUUUGUAUUUCAUAUUAGGUCAUUACGACCAUGCGGAAAGCGUGAUAUUGCUUGUUCGAUAAACAAUUAAUAUGACAUCUACGUUUUAGAGAAAAAUUUGACCAGUCCUACAUUUCUUCGUCAACGAAAGUAGUUCUAGAAACAAAAAUCAAAGCAUUAUGUUUUUACUAUCGCCAAGCAACGCACAAACUGAUUAUAUGGGUGGAGUGGAGCUACAUAGAAUCCCUCCGCGACCCACCGCGUUCUGUCAUCACUCCGCUUUAGCUCCACUCCGGGUUUUACUCCCCGCUCCGAGCGAUACAAUAUAGUGAGAGAAAAAAAUACGCGCAAUACGCGGAGUGAUACAAACAGUGAAAAGUCCAAGUGCCGUUAUGAAUUCAGUACUUUUGGAAAGCAGCUCAGCCAAUCAAAUUCAAGGACCGGAACUAACUGUCAUGUAAAAAUGGAUAACCGAAAUUUUGCAAUGUCGAAACAACCAAAACGAACCCAUUUAAAUCUAGUUUUCUCAGUUAAGUUAGCAUACCGGUAUAUCGCAUAUUUGGAGAACGCUUUGUAGCAAACUGCUAAACUGAAAAUGAUUUUUUUUUUUUAGCCUGACACUAUUGUAACCGAUGAGUAGCUAAAUACAGUCAGAUUGCUGUUAGUAAAACUAAAAGUUUCAAUCAAGCAGCAUCAUUUUCAACAAAUUUGCCGAAAAUGGUAAUUCGAGGUUCCAUGCAUACAUUUCUGUUUUAAUUAAAGUAACAAUAUAGCUUAAAACUGUUUUCUCAAGUGAAUCAAAAAAUGACAUGUUUGGGCAUGUUUACAUGUAUAUUGCGAAAUAAUUUAAAUGAAACAUAUACAAAAAAAUCAUUAAUAAUAGACUCAUUAAAUUUUAAAUUUAUCAUAAAUGCAGAGGAGCAAACUGAAAUUAAACAGCAUCGAUCAUGUGACUGUUUAAACCAGCGUUUUAAAAAUGAUCACAUUUAAUCAAGAACUUCAUAUAUUGCUGAAUACUUUUUGUAAAACACACACACAAACACACAAACAAAACCUUUUUAGAUCUCUUAAUUUCAAAUGCAAAUGUUUGUCACAAAUGUUAAUGUGGGAUUCAAUUGGUUCAAAACAUCCACAAGAGUUGAAUUGGAAAAAACUGAAAUCUUUUAAAAUACAAACCAUUCAGUAUUUACUAAAUACUGAAUGGUUUGUAUUUUAAUACUAUUUAAUACUAUUUAGCAGUAAUACAUGGUAGUUUGGACUGAAUGAAGCAGUGGUGAGUUGGUUGAAACAGUGUUUUUCAUUCUUCCUAGCAAUGUUUUCUGGCUUUGAGCCUUUACAUUGUUUAUUGGAAUGUUUUAUUCUUGAAUGUGUGUUAUGAAAUCUUGUUUUACCUCAUACCUGUAUAAUGUGCAAAUUGUACGAGGAAGUUGUUUAUAUUAAACAAAUGUUAAAAUGUACAGUAUUUAUUUGAUGCAUUGUACAGCAUAUAUGAAGAAGCGUGGCAAUGUGAUAAAAUAAUGUUAAGUGAUUUGCACCUUAUUUGUAUCAAAUGUGAGCUGCCCAUGGGGCAUUGAGCUUCUUGCAUUUUCCAUUCAUUUCUAAUUUCUACAUGUUAUAUGUGUUACUGGAUUGAUUUAUCUGUAAAUUGGAUGCACAUAUAUAUUUGGGCAGGAUUUGUUAUGAAUAUAUUGUCCCGAACUACACAUUUUUGCAGAAAUAAUUUAUGUACCAGUGCCUCGUGUAAAGUAUUGUACAAGAUUCAUCAUGUUGACGUCAAGUUGGCUAGCGUGCAAUAAAAUGUGAUAUUGUGAAAAGGCA